CCACUAUGGAUUCCAAGUGGAAACUGAAGCUCGGCAUCAGACUAAAUGAAUAGAGGCAGUUUUGGGGGAUUGUCCAUCCAGCGCGGUGAUAAGGCGAACCUACACGGAACGGCUGCUAGAAUUUGGGUAAAUCAAGCCCAGAUUUUACGGUGAUGGACUCUUACGAUGUCAUAGCAAACCAGCCGGUUGUCAUAGACAAUGGCUCAGGUGUCAUUAAAGCUGGCUUUGCUGGUGAUCAGAUUCCAAAAUACCACUUUCCCAAUUAUGUUGGAAGACCAAAGCAUGUGCGGGUCAUGGCUGGCGCAUUAGAGGGCGAUAUAUUCAUUGGGCCAAAGGGGGAGGAGCAUCGUGGUCUGCUGUCAAUCAAGUACCCAAUGGAGCAUGGUAUUGUUAAAGACUGGAAUGAUAUGGAGCGAAUAUGGCAGUAUAUUUAUUCCAAAGAUCAGCUGCAGACAUUUUCUGAAGAGCAUCCUGUUCUACUAACAGAGGCUCCCCUCAACCCACGGAAGAAUCGGGAGAAGGCAGCUGAGGUGUUCUUUGAGACAUUCAAUGUUCCGGCUCUCUUCAUCUCAAUGCAGGCUAUUCUAAGUUUAUACGCAACAGGUCGGACAACGGGAGUAGUUCUGGACUCCGGUGACGGUGUGACGCACGCCGUGCCGAUUUAUGAGGGCUUUGCUCUCCCUCACUCCAUCAUGAGGAUGGACAUAGCCGGCCGGGAUGUCACUCGCUACCUGCAGCUGCUUCUGAGGAAGGAGGGUUUCAAUUUCCACACGUCAGCUGAGCUGGAAGUCGUCAAGAUGAUCAAAGAACGAUCUUGUUUCCUGUCCAUCAACCCACAAAAAGAAGAGACGACGGACACGGAGAAAUCACUCUACAUGUUGCCCGAUGGAAGCACGCUAGAGGUUGGGCCAGCCAAGUUCCGGGCCCCUGAGCUCCUCUUCAGACCGGAUCUGGUGGGUGAGGAAUGCGAGGGGCUCCACGAGGUGCUGACAUUUGCCAUCCAGAAGUCCGACAUGGACCUUCGGCGGACCCUUUUUGCCAACAUUGUGCUGUCGGGAGGCUCCACGCUCUUCAGGGGUUUCGGGGAUCGGCUGCUCAGUGAAGUGAAGAAGCUGGCACCAAAAGAUGUGAAAAUAAGAAUAUCAGCCCCACAAGAAAGGUUAUAUUCAACAUGGAUUGGGGGUUCGAUUUUGGCCUCGCUAGACACUUUCAAGAAGAUGUGGGUGUCUAAAAAAGAAUAUGACGAGGAUGGAGUACGGGCUGUCCAUCGGAAGACAUUCUAAAGCAUCAGGCAAUAUUGGUCAUGUAGUCUCGAGAACAACAGUAACCAUGUCACUUGUACUAGUGGAAAUUCUUCUUAAGUUGCAGCUUUCUACUUUUGUUUGUAAGCCACAGAAACUGGGGAUAGGGAUGGAAAUUGUUAAACUACAAUAAAUUUGUCAAAAUUGCUGAUUGCAGAAUUUUUUAUCCGGAUUUUUCUGAUUUCAGGAGUUUUCAAACGAUCUCUUUCAAAAUCAUGAAGGUGUUUUUCCCAUAUAAAAGUUGGUACGUUAAGGCAAACACAAAUGUGUGCCAUGUGUAUUUCCCACGGAUGAAUGCAGAACCAAUUUUUUUUUUCCCGGGCGUCAUUUUUGUGUGUGUACCCUUUGUUAUGGUCUUUUUUUGAGGGGUGAGGCUAAAUAUGGGACUUUGUAACACGCUUUGGGAGAAAAAAAAAAUGAAAUGGAAAAAAGAAAAAUGUGCUCGCAUUAUCGUUUGUAAAAGUGAAAGCAAUUUGCCUCUUUUUGUGGGGUGGGGGUAUAUUGACUCCCCCAUUUCCACCAGUGGUAUUUCCAAGUUGUGUGCUGAGAAUUUAGUCAUGUACAAAGGGUACUUAAACAUGUUUUAAGGAGUUGUGCCUCAACGUGAAAGUUCCUUGGAUUUUAAUAAUACAUUACCAUUAAAAAAGUUACAGCUUCUUUUGGUUACUGUCAUGGAGUGUCUUAGAAAUGGAACAUUCUGGUUCCGAGUAGAAAGCUUGUGGUUAAACCCUAAACUUGAAUCUAUUCUUCAGGGAACAACUCGAACGUUGGAAACGUUCACAUUCUGUUUGGCCAUUUGCAUCGAAACACCUGCAUUCCAUUGGAGUGUUCCCGUGCUUUUUUGCAUAGACUGUUCUGAAGCAGCGUUCCAACAGGAAUGCUGUGUUCCCUGUGGAAUGGCCACCCGUUCCAGAUUGAAAGCAUGGCAUUCCAAAGGCAAUGUUUCGACCGUUCUGGAUUAUGAGAUGUUCGCUUAGUGACAUUGAGCAGUUUUCCCAGGCAGAAUGGUCUGACAGAAAAUACGUUCUGGGUAGAAUUUGAUUUCUUGGGGGAGAACUUUGGAAAGCUUGUUUUGCAUUUUACUUGCCAGUUUACAUAUUUUGAGAAGGAUGUAUAUUUCCUAAUACAAAGAUAUUAGGAGUGGUGAUGAAAUCCAUGAAGUUGUGAACAUUCUGUUCGGAAAAUUUGUAGUCAUUUGCCAAGAAACCAAUUCUGUUUACAAAGAAACUUACUUUUCUAGAUCCUUCCAAAUGCAGCAUGAAGCUUUGGAAGAAUUUUAAGGGCAAGGAAGAUGGAUCCACAUCAUUUCAUAUCAUAAGGGACUUGAUGUCCCUUGAAGAUUGAAAUAUAAUUGGAUCCUUCCAUAGAGCUAUAUCAAAUAGACCUUUUGCCAUGAAAUGUGCAAAUUAGACCGGUGCAUGCAUGCUACUACUGCUGGUUGGCAAGCACGUCUGUCAACACUAUCGGCAGUGUAGGAGAAAUGCUACAACCAUAAACCUGGCGCAUUGAGGGUCAAUCAGCCUUCGUCUGAUACCUCGGCACGCUUCUCUCAAAACUAAAGAAAGUUUCCAUUUUCUCAAGGUUGGAAAGUAACAAUUCCUUGUCUUUAAGUGUGGCACUCAUGUCAGACUAGUACAGAAAUGACGUUAUGUGCUCAUAGUUGCCAGCGCAUGGAGAUUUGUAUUGUUACGUCAUAGAUUCAAGCAACUUUGCCUACCAGCAGUAAAUGCACAUGAGCCUGCCUUAUUUGCAUAUUUAACGGGAAAGGUCCAUUACAAGUGCUAACUUGUCGGUCCCCACACAGAAAAGUUUAAAUGCCUCCUGAGUGCAGACAGUUUGAAUUCAUGUGCAUAUUUGUAGCACAUAAUGUGAUACGAUGGAAGGAAUUCCACAAGAUGUAGUGAAAUGAAAUGCACGCAAGUACAACAUACACAAAUAAUGUUGUAGUGUAUAAUGUAUUAGAAAGCCUUUGCAAAGUUCAUCUGCAGCACAGAAUGCAUACAUGUGCAUUGUUUACACACAGCAAAAUGAAUCGCUCAUUUACCAAUUGUGUAUUGAGGUUUUUGGUGCAUCAGCUUUGUUGACUCAUUUUUUUUAAGGAUGUAGACGCAGAUGUGCAAAUAGUUGUACAAACUUUUGAGUUUUUCCCAUAGGUUUUGUGCACAAACAUGGAUGCGCCCAGCAGGCUUUACUUUGCAAAGCGUGUUAGCACUCUGGUAAUGUAAUACAGCUCUGCGGUUGCUUCAGGGCUCUUUGCAAAAUGCUGUGAGACUUCAGAGUAAUUUCUUCAGUUGCAACCUAUAUUGAGAUUCUUAGGUUUUACAUUAUUUGUUAUUACAUUCACGUGAGAUGCCGUACUUGGUGGCAUACAUGUAUUUGCAUUCCCAUUCAUUUUUUUUUACAUUUACAAAUUAUUUGUUUUGCUUUUUCAUCAUUUAAGAAAUUUAGCACUAGUUAAGAAAUGCUUACAAAGAAAAAAAACCCCAAAACUCAUAAUUUUGUCAAAAUUUCUUCCUUUUAUAAUCGUUGGCGAGCAUAAAUAUGAGUAGGUCUGCAGAAUUGGAGACAGAUUUAGGGUUGAAAUUUUAGUGUGGUCAUAGAGAAAAAGUGUAUCGUAGAACUGUAGCAACAGAAAGCGUGGUUCAACUAUGUAACUGUAAAUAUUGGUCAGUGUGUAGUUAUCAUAGAAGCUUGCGGCAGAAUUUUGGAAUUCCAAAUUAAUUUAUGAUGUAUCUCAACAAUACGGUUGAGGAUUUCAGUUAGAGCCAAGCCAUAAAGCAAUGUGUUUGGGGUGGCAUACAGGGGACCCCUUCAUGUUAAAACAUGGGUUUUGUUGCUGAGCAGGAGGGACCCUCUUUCUUUUCUGGUGUUUUCCUAAAUGCUAAGCUGGUGUUGUACUUCUCCGUAUUUGGCAUAAGGGUUGACUUAUGCUCUAACCCUCACCCUCCCAGAAAUGAGAUUAUAGGAUUCUUGUGAUCUUGUGAGCUAUCCAAUUGAAAUGAUUCACAAUACAUGUAGUGUUUCCAAAAUGCUUACCUCCCCCCCCAAAGUUUUUUUCUGACUUGUGAGUCAAAGUUGGUAAACAACAUGUUACCAGCUACUGUGCUUUGGAGAUUAAGUGCAUUGUGUAAAAAGAUCGAUGCAGGUCGAUUUGAAGCAGGUUUAGAAUUAUCAUUGUUUCCCCCAUGUAGUGACAGUAAAUGGGAAGUUGCAAGAUUUGGUUGUGAAAGCGUAGACAAGGUACGAUGAUUUAAUUGUGGCACAGAGACAACUUUUUCCCACAGUGCUGAGCACACAAUUUGAUUUGGGCCCCCCUAGCAACAGUGUAGCUGUAAAGUGAAAUGUCCAAUAUUCUCAACUCGUCUGUUCUUAAGCCAUGAGCUUUUCAAGGGAACUAGGCGGACCAAGACAAACAUGUACCUCGGGCUUUGUUCAUCCUCAGUUCCCCGUGAUUGGUCUCUUUUUUUUUUUCUUUACUGGUAUGUAGCUUAUGAUGCAUUGUGGGGAAAAAAAACAGUUCCCUUGGAAUUUCUCAAACAGCAGCUCAUGAAGAAAGAAUGUAAUCAUACAGUUGUUAAAACUUAGAAAUGCAAAAAACUACUGUCGAGCGCCGUUUCUCAAGCAGUUAAAUUUACUCUUUCAUCUACUUUUUUUUUCAACCCAGUGGUUUUCAUUUUAAAAAAAAGGUCAAAAUUCUGUUCCAAGACAAACUUUGGGUUAUGUAAAUCUGUAUGUAGUUAAACUCUUGGAAGAACAAUAUAACUGCAAAGUAUCCACGACCAGUUUGCUUUAUUUGACCCUAGCAAUUCCAUUGUCAAGACAUCGGUCAAUAUUAAAAGUGUUCUUAAUAAACCUGUAAUGCAUGCACAUGUAAUAUCUCUGUACAGUAUUAUGUGCAAGAAAUAAUAAAUGACGCUCAUUUGCUCUUUCAGGGUAAAA